GUUAAAACUAGUUACUAGGUACUUAGAUAAACUCUAUAAUAGUUAGUAGUUACAUCUAGUUAACUAGUAGCAAGCUAAGUAAUCAGACGUUUGCGCGUAUGCAAUUUUGCUACUCAGCCAAACAGCGAACAACUUGAACUUCCAGUCCUCCACCGUCCUCCGGUGUGUUCUCCCAUCUCGAACUACAGUCAUUCAACAAAACUUUCGCCUUUUUCUUCUUCUUUUUCUCUUAUCUACUUCCAAUUCAUUGACUCCACCAGAUGUCGGCAUUGGUUGUGGUACGAAGCGCGACAACGACAACCAUACAGGUUUUCCUCUCGGCUGGUUUUCUGCGUCGCUCUACUUUCUAACACUGAUUCGUACAAUUUUUCAACGCAAAUUCCUCUUCAACUCUUUCAAAUUGAACAAACCUUGAACGAGCUUCACAUAUCACUUCCACAUGCACCAUAAACUACUUUUCCAUAACGACAUUCGUGUUAAACAUGGCCGCGCUUACCGCCGCUCUGAUUGAGCUUGCAAACUCUCUAACUCCUGUUGAACUGCCUACCAAAUUGCGCUGCGCAGUAUGCAGCAAGUUAGCUGUGAACGCCUACAGGUUGCCUUGCUGUGAGACUGCAAUAUGCGAGAAGUGCCAAACUACCGUAUCCUCAAGUUGUCCAGUUUGCGAGCACACUCCCAUUUCAGCCCCCGACUGUACCGUCUACAAAUCUCUCAGAACUACCAUCCGAGUUUUUCUAAAGACGGAGGAGAAAAAGCGUGAAGCUGCCCGGCCAAAGACGAACGGGUCUACGCCGACGACUCCUGCCCAAGAUGCCCCUACCCCUAGCCACACCCAGGUGCCCACUGAGCAGCCUCCUACUGCAGAUCCUACACCAGCCUUGAAGGAUGAUCCAGAACCUCGAACAACGCCUCAAACUGCGGGCUCCACAGCGCCCCAUACCAUGGCUGAGUCCGAAGUGCCCUCGGCCGCUGAUUCCAAGCCAAUCUCUAUCAAUUCUCAGUCCAAGGACGAGAAUUUACCUACGAAUGAGCAGCCCAAUGAGCAGUCCAUUGGAGAGGAAGAGCCCAAGGCUGUUGUAUCAAGAGGACAAGAAAGCCAAGAUGACGCAACGGUGGAAGAAGUGGGAGAAAAUAUGGAAGUUGGCGAUAGCAAAGACCAGUUAGCACAGCCUGGUGUGGCCUCUAGUUUUGACUCGAUGGGUGGCGGCUUCAACAUGAACUUCGGUAACGGUGACAUGACCCAGAUGCAAAUGAUGAUGGCCAUGCAAAACGGCAUGAAUCCUGCCGCUUUCGGGACUUUUCCCAUGAUGGGAAUGAUGGAUCCCAUGGCAAUGCAGAGCAUGAUGAUGAACGGUGGCUUUGGUGCGCAGGGCAUAGGCAUGAACGGCAUGAACAUGAAUAUGGGCAUGAAUGGGUUCAAUGGUGGCAGCAAUGACUGGAACGGACAGCAAUCAUGGAACGUCGGCCAAGAUAAUUUCAAUCCAAAUGCUCCCGGAAUGGGAAAUGGUGACUUUGGCAGCUUUAACACUGGCUUCCGUACAGGUUUCAAUGCAGGUAAUUUUGGUCACCACAACCAAUUCAAUGAUUACCGUCGAGGCAACUACGGCUAUCGAGGUAGAGGCCGGGGCCGGGGCGUCUACGGAGGUCACGGUCGCGGAUAUCAUCAUGGAUAUAACAACGCCAACGCAGGUUGGAUUGGUCAGGGUCCUCAGUUCCCAAGUGGUAAAGAUGGCCAACCAGCAUUAGAUGGCCCCCAGGCAACGGGGCAGGAGGCCAGCAAUGUGGACGAGUUUGGUCGAGCGAUACGACCGGAGUCUAGUCAAGAGGUGCAGCGGGCUGGGGAGAAUGGGCACGCGGAUGCAGGUGACCGUGAUAGUACUACUGCCGAGGGAGCCAACAGACUCGUGCCGGAGAGCUCGGAACGGGGUUCCAAAGAGGAUGAGACGCAAUCUGUGCAGGCUGAACCUACGAAUUACAAGGGUGAUGUAUCUUCUAGAGAUCAACAUUCAGCACCUCAAGGCCCUUCCCGUGGAACUGCUGGUCCUAUGCAUCUUCAUAUUGCGGUUCCGGAUGUACCGUUGAAUGCGCCUACUGGUCCCAAAGCCAUGCGGCAAGGUCUACCUAACACUAGUCUUCGUCACCUUAGAGCACGUGGCUUAAUCACUGAUGAGAGAAGCCCAAGUUCACGUAUUGCUAAUACCCCGAAUGUAGCAAGUCCGACAGAGGAUAAACCAAAAUCCCGAAGUAGUUCUUUGCAUUCUUCCAAAGAGAAAGACCGCCGUCAUCGUGAACGUGACCGAGAACAUGACGAAGAAGAGAAGAGCAGGGGACGUGAUCGUGACAAGGAUCGUGACCACUCUAGGGCAUGCACGGUAUCUGGUAGCCGAACCCGGAGCCGUGGUAUCAGUCGCAGCCCUAGCCGUGAUCGUAAGGAGUCCCGCAGGCACAGGCGACGCCACACCCCAUCCAUUUCAGAUGACGAUCACGAUAACAGUCAUCGUCGACGCAAGCACAAGAGUAAGAGACAGUCGGCCAGGGAUGAAGAGGACCAUAAAAGUCGAGCAGGAGAUGGGAAAUAUGACGAGCGUUCCAGAUCCGCUUCCCCAGUAGAUCGCGAGCAUAGGCGUUCGGGUCAUAGGAGCCGCCGUGAUCGAGAUGAUAAACGUCGAGAGCGCGAUAAGGAGGCUGAUAGGGACAGCGAUCACGACCAUCACCGAAAGUCCAAUCAUCGGCCGCAUCGGGAUCGCGACCAAGACCGUGACAGGGACAGGGAGCGUGACAGGGAGCAAAAGAAAGACCGCGAGAGGAACCACACUCAUGAUCGAGACGAAGACCGACACUAUCGCAGCACCAGGAACUCCAGUACUCUGCCAACUCCAGUGGAACCCUCGGACAAGGUCUUUAACCCCCCCACUGGUCCUCGAGGCAGCUUCUCUAUCAAGGGGGCCAGCAGCAAAGUGGUUGUAUCUGGGAUAGAAACCAAAAGUGCUGGAAGCAAACCACUUACUUUAAACCGGCGCGAGAGCGAAGCAUCCCGACGUGCCUCGCAGUCAUCUGUUGCCGGACAGAAAUCUGGUCCUACCGGUCCUACAAAAGACCCGCAUACGCUAGAACGCGAAGCUCGAGACCGCGAACGACUCCUCAAAGAAGCGCAACGAAUGGCAGUCAUAGCAGGUCGUUCGACGGGUGUGAAGCGUAGCCGGGAAGGUGGUGACGAUCGCGGCGGUCGUCGAAAGAGCCGUCGCAGCGAAGCUGUCAACAUGGAGGACGAGGAAGAGCGCAUGAGUCGCUUAGAGGCGGAACGCGAAGGCCGUCGUUGGGAUUAGGACAAUCCAACGAGACUUAUGAUUUCUCUCUAUAUUAAGAGGCAUCAACCAUUACAAUGAUAGAUACAAGUCUCGGAAGUUUAUAUGCUUUGACGUCCUGCUAAUAGGUGUUCACGUUGGAAGAAUGAUGCUCUGAAUAGGCAACAGGCUUAGAU